GCAAAGAGUCAAGAGUCGUCUAUCGUCUUCUGCACGCGGGAUUCUUCUCUUUUACCAACUCUAGACUCAAACCCCUUGAAAGUUGAAACCGAUCGAAUCCAACGAUAAACAGUUCAAGAUUCUCAAAAAAUCGAAAAAACCCACUAUUCCUCCCAGCUGAAAAAUCCCCACUUCAUUUCCGUUGCAGAAGAAUUCCCGACGGCGAUGUUGCGAGCUCUUGUGCGGCCUCUCGAGCGGUGUUUGUACGGCGGAGACGGCUCACUCUGGCAGGCGGACUUGCGGACGUACGCCGGAGGCGAUUACUCGAUCGCGGUGGUUCAGGCGAACUCCAGUCUAGAGGACCAGAGUCAGGUGUUUACCUCUGCUUCGGCCACUUAUGUCGGCGUCUACGACGGCCAUGGCGGACCCGAAGCUUCUAGAUUCGUCAACAGUCAUCUCUUCCCUUUUAUGCACAAAUUUGCGAGGGAGCAAGGGGGAUUAUCCGAAGAUGUGAUUAAAAAAGCGUUUAAAGAGACCGAGGAGGAGUUUUGCCAUAUGGUUAAACGGACGCUGCCGAUGAAACCGAAGAUGGCUACGGUGGGAUCGUGCUGUUUGGUGGGUGCAAUCUCAGAUGACACACUCUAUGUAGCGAAUCUCGGUGAUUCGAGGGCCGUUCUUGGGAGAAAGGUUUCAGGGAAUAAGGCCAAAGGGGUUGUAGCUGAACGACUGUCUACAGAUCAUAACGUUGCAGUCGAGGAGGUUAGAAACGAGGUUGAGGCACUUAACCCCGAUGAUUCCCACAUCGUUGUGUACACGAAUGGUGUUUGGAGGAUCAAAGGCAUAAUUCAGGUAUCAAGAUCGAUCGGGGAUGUAUACUUGAAGAAACCAGAAUUUUACAGGGACCCGGUUUUCCAGCGACAUGGAAACCCCGUUCCUCUGCGGAGACCUGCCCUGACAGCUGAACCCUCCAUUCUGGUGAGGAAGCUCAGACCACAGGACAUGUUUCUCAUAUUCGCUUCGGAUGGUCUCUGGGAACUGCUGAGCGAUGAAGCAGCCGUAGAAAUCGUUCUUAAACACCCAAGAGCCGGAAUUGCUCGGAGACUAGUAAAGGCGGCCCUCGAGGAGGUUGCAAGGAAGCGGAAGAAGAGAUACAGAGAGAUAACAAAGAUGGAGAGAGGGGCAAGACGCAGCUUCCAUGACGACAUAAGCGUGGUCGUGGUUUACCUCGACAGCCACCGCAAACCCGACAUGAAGAAUCUCGAGAACGGCCUUGUCACGGCCCCACCCGACAUCUACUCGCCCGAGGCUGCUCCCUGCAUUGUACUGUCUCGACGGCUUUGCUCGAGAUAAAGGGUGAGAAAGGGGAGAAUGGUGGUUCUUGUUCUUGGCGGUGAUUUGUAUUUAUUUGUUACAGUUUCGAACGUUUUAGGGUUCGGUCGUGUAAUAGUUUAUGACAGUUGAAAAAGAUUCCUCAGGUUUAGGGUUUCGGAAAAUAAUAAUCUGUUCUCUUCGAGGGUUU